CUCAGUUUUUACAGGACGCCUUCUACCUUCUGCUCGACCAAAAACUCUUGUUGUGUCUCACCUGAUGCGAAGCAGCGCGGCCAGUCCGAGAAGAAACACCUCCUCGGAGAGUAGGCAGCACACGGUGGUCCUCUGGAGCUCAGAGAGGGGGUCUCCUCCACCUGUCCGGUGCUGCAGACAUACAGACAGCUGCAGACAGAGAGACAGACAGGGGAUCCAGGACAGCUGCAGACACCGAUGGCAGCAAAUGAAGGCUGGUGAAUACACUGGGGAGAAUUAAGGAUGGGGGCAAAGCUGUAAAAGAAUGCAAAUGAUAUUCAUGAAGUAAUUACAGCAGGUGUGACACAAUAUAUUAGUUCGAUUAGUCCACAACCUUGAGCCCAGGAAAACCACCAUGGAGCUGCAGCACAACACCAACCACAACCAAGCCUUGUGGAAAGAGAUACCGUGGGAUUUCACAGAGGACUGCUCCCUCUCAGUGAGUGGCACCACCUUCCUCAUCAUCGCUUACAGCACAGUGAUGGCGGUGGGUCUCAUUGGGAACUCUUGCCUGGUGUUUGUAAUCACACGGCACAAGGAGAUGAGAAACGUCACCAACGUCUUCAUCGCCAACCUGUCCUGUUCUGACAUCCUCAUGUGCAUUGUAUGCCUGCCGGUCACCAUUAUCUACACACUGAUGGACCACUGGAUCUUAGGGGACAUCCUCUGUAAGCUCACGCCCUUCAUCCAGUGUAUAUCCGUCACCGUGUCCGUCUUCUCCCUCGUCCUCAUCGCCAUGGAGCGCUACCAGCUCAUUGUCCACCCGACCGGAUGGAAGCCCAUGGUGGGCCAGUCUUACCUGGCGGUGGCUGUCACCUGGGCCGUGGCUUGCCUAAUCUCUGUGCCUUUCCUCUCGUACAGCGUCCUCAUGGCGCCUUUCCAGAACCUGAGCAUGCCUUUCCCAGUCAGCGACCAACUUGUCUGCAUGGAGCGGUGGCCAUCCGUUCAAGAGCGGCGAGCUUACACCACCUCCCUGCUCAUCUUCCAGUACUUCCUCCCUCUCACCCUGGUCAUGCUCUGCUACAUGCACGUCUACCUGCGCCUCAGGAGAAGGAAGGACAUGGUGGAGCGUGGCAGGAACACCACCCAAAAAAAAAACAAAGGGGCCACGAGGAUCAACGCCAUGCUUAUCGCCAUAGUGGUGGCGUUCGCCCUCUCCUGGCUCCCGCUCAAUAUCUUCAACACAGUGUUCGACUGGAACCACGAGGCCAUCCCUUCCUGUGGCCAUGAUGUCAUUUUCUCUUUCUGCCACCUCACGGCCAUGGCCUCCACCUGCGUCAACCCCAUCAUCUACGGUUUCCUCAAUAGCAAUUUUCAGAAACAGCUCAAGUCCACCCUGCUGCGCUGUCGCUGCUGGGGGGUGACCGAGAGGUACGAGAGCGUGCCCCUCUCCACUGUCAGCACAGAGGUCACCAAGGGGUCAAUUCUGAGCAAUGGAUCUAUCAGCAUCAAUACUUAAACCCUAGCCUUUUCAGUGAAGGACAAAGAAACUUCUGGGGGCCUCUUCAGCCCUCAUUGUCUCAUCCUUUGGAGCUUUUCUUGCUUUGUUGUGUCCAGAAUUGAGGUUGACAUUAACAAGGUUAUAAAUCUCACAACAGCAGCCCAGAGAUUCAACCGAAGACAGUUAACCUGUAUGGCCCGAUGCCAUCGAUUCACAUGUAAGAGGAAGUAGAUAACAAAUUGAUGGUGCAAAGGUUGGACAAGUAUUGUAGGGCAUCUGAAGGCACUUCACAUGAGCACUUUUUCAGUCUGUAUAGUCCGUUCCCCAUGUGCUGUGGGCUCAUACAAAGGAAUAGACAGCUUAAAUCUGGUAUUCAUCUGUCAUGUUUUCUCUCUAAAGCACUGGGAUCUAUUCAGAUUGUCACGUUUUUAAUAAACAUCAGCUGUUUAGGGGUUGCCUUUACCACUUUCUCUGCUUACAAUGUGGGCGAUGGAACCACUCGAGAGAUGUAAAAGGACAAAAGGGGUUUAGAAACUGCAAAUGUUCUUCUCAGUGUUGCUGUUUUAUAUUACUAUUAUUGACGACAUGUUAAGAGAUUGUAAAAUGUGAUGUGUUAAUGAUUAUCGACAGAGUAGUUUAUUAGAGUACACAACUGAAGGAGGGAACAUUAGUGCAUUAAAUGUGCCUCCAAGCGUUCAUUGAGACGAUUUACUCCCAUCAUCUUAAUGCAUUUCUUAUUACCUAAAAUCACCACAAACGAUGUAAUGGUCUUUCACAGAGAAACCUUUCCAAGAGAUGUAUACACUCCACACUGUCCGCCAAGGUCGGCAGUGUAUUGUGCGUGUGGGAGGUUUUUACUCAUAAAAUGUGCAACAACCGUAUAUCAAGUGCCAUAAAAUAAAAUAAAAAAGGCAGUAGAGGGCGAUGUCAGAGCACGGUUCGUCUGCUGUAUAUAACUAAGUACUCGUAUGGCCUGUAAAAGAUGCAACACAGUUAUAGUUGAUGGUGUGGUGGGGAAUAAAGAGCACUGUGUAGCAUAGCAGAUAUCUCAAACCUGUUGUACGUCACUUUUCUUUGUGGUAUUGAAUUAAAACUUUUAUUAUGGCUUAUCUUUAAUGAUCUAUGUUGUAAUCUUUUAUUUAGAUGGGUCACAUUUUUGCCGGUUCGAUUUUCUUGUACUGCUUUUUAGUUUGUUUGCCAAACUUCACGUCCGCCUCGCUCUCUGAGUGUGUGUUGAACACAGAGUAGAUUUUAAGCUGCCAUCUUGGCUGUCAGUUCAUCCACAUCCAUCGCAGCUUCACCAGAUAAUUGAUUUGUCCUAACGAUGUGUUCCGGAAAACUAGGGAGGUUGAUAUUUCUCGGUUGAAUUUUCCAACUUCCGAUUUCCAAGUGUCAUUGCUUGUGACAAAUUGAUGUUUCUUUGGCAAGUGUUCAGCAAAUUAAACUCUCAGCAGUGCAGUGUCUUUUUUUCUGUUUUUGUUACAUAUUCCCAUAAAUCUUGAGCAGAAAAGGAGAAAGCUGUGCAGGAUUGUUUGCCGUAACAAUCUUCCCAGUUAGAUUGUGACAUAUUUUGACAACAAUUUACAUGCAAAACAGGUUUUACUUCACAAUAUUAUCUCUAAUUUGAAUAAAAUGCAGGCAAAUAAAAAAAUACUGCCUUUUAUUUGAUGAUGUGCCACACAAUGUGUUCUUCCAUUGUUACGUGACGGCUUAUCGCUGAAGUCGGUGUAGAUGGAUAUGCUCCAAAAUCGACUUCAAGUGGAAAUCCAUUGUACUUUUUCUAGUAGGAGGUGUCACAUUUUCAAGUUACAAGUUGUGUGUGAAAAAAAAGCAUAAAAUGUUACACUUUACUAAAACCAGACUGCAUCGUUUCCACUUCAGGAAACAGUGUGUGGAGAGUGGGAUUAAAAUGUUGAUGUGCUCACAAACAAAACAUGUCUUUGCAGUGGUAUGUUGUGAUCAGUAAAACAAUCUUACAUACAGUUUUAUUUAUAAAAAAAGAAGCCAUUGUCUCUUUUUAAAGGUUCAAAUUCAGUGUGCUUCCUCUCUGUGCAUUAUUCAGGAGGGUGUCUGAGAUCACAACACAUUUUAGAUGUGCUUGUAAUGUUGAAUAAAUCAGUGUUGUGCUGGGUGCCUUGUGGGAAAAACUGUAUGACACAUCAAUGGGAAUUGUGCUAAAUAUUCAUGCUUUGGGAAUGCAUGUUAACAGUUAUACUCUCAUCCGUCUCAAAGAAGUAUAUCAACUAAGAGGGUUAGGUUUUGCAGCUUUAUAGCUGAGGUGAUGCCAGAAGGUUAAGUGUUGCAUGUUUUUACAAAAAGUCAAAUCUGCUUUUGAACUAACAGCGAGUCACUCAACCUACCAAACUGUUUUCCAUGGGCAAUUUAGCCCAUAAGAGAGCUCUCAGAGGUCCUUUUGAAAAUAAUUGACAGGGUUUUUUUUGCCUGAGCUGACCUUUAAAGACUGACAUUCCCCUCUCAUCUCCUGAAUUCCCCUCCCCUCACCUGUCUUUCCUUUGUGAAAACCACUGAACGAAGCAGCAGGUGUUCUUUUCGUGUGGAAGAAAGGACCCAAGAUACCGUUGGUGCUGACGUACUCCAUCGACACUUGACAAUAAGUGGAACUUAAAUUGUGUGAUUUUGCAUUGUUACCAAAGUAACAACGAAGGGGCUAAUAUGAGCACAUUACUGCGCUAUGAAAGGAAGCUCAGCUGAAGCAAACAUUUAAUGAGUCCACAGGGCCACACUCUCCUUGUCAGUGGAGCCGUUCCAGAAACAUUAGCAACAUCUUGGCUCUCCACAUUUUUCAUUAAGAAAGAUUCGCAUAAGCAGUCUCUGCCGAUCACAGGAACAACAUGAACUACAUCGCUGGCGAGAGAUUUCCUCAAGCUGUUGUUUUCUGCAUUUAAAUUCACUGUUUUUUUUUGUGCCUUCCUAAGAAGAGGACAUCAUUCGCUCUGUUUUGCCUUUUUAAUUAAUUAUAGUAAAAGCUUUUUGUGUUGCCUUAUUAAAAUAUAAGUGUUUUUUUAUGUGUAAAUCCUUCUCCACAUCAGAAGAUCGACAUGUUAAAAGACAGCCAUCACAGGAUGUACAGUGAAUCUCCAGAGACCCCAGUAAGCCUUAUGAUUUGAGAUAUAAGUUAUAUAAGCUAUCACGUGCUACAAACCAUUUUUCAUUUAUAUGCACUGAUGUCAGACAAAGUCAUUGGCCUCAUGUACCUUUCAUCCCCCUGGGUAUAAGGAACUAAUGUUUUUGUUCUGGCAGAUGAAAAGGUCAGAGGGAGUUGGACUGUUGCCUCUGGAAUCCUAAUGUUGGUGUUAUACAUGCUAACAUAUCUAGGGCGCAUUGAAAGUGACAGGUAGCUCAUCGAGGGGUCAAACACAUAGAUCAACUUGAUAGUUCCUUCUUCCCGUACUAUCAAAUUGCCCUAAUGUUUCACCUUGGAUCCGAAGUUUCCUCAGUCAUAAAUUAUGCGAGGAAGGGUUUAAGUCAUCAUUUCCUGUGUUUUACCUUUUUGGAAAUCACAACGUCAUGCAGGUUUUGUCAGCCCGCUCAUGAGUCAGACCCGGGGUUUCACACA